CAAUCGCUGGACACUUGUUUGAUGUGGUGAAGUCCUGCAUGUUUUGGAUAGGAGCGCAGACAGUGAUUGGAGAGGGUGGGACUCCAGCAAGUGCGCUUUAUCCUUCCUCUCCAAACACGAGCCAGGUACACACCGAUCUGACAGCCCACCGCAGACAGCCUUCAGCGAAUCCAACGAAUAACGGCCUCCAUCACUGCAGAUCCAGCUCUAGGAUGAGUUACUACUUGGAUCCAGUUUCCUCCUGUCAGGCUCUUCACCCGCCUGACUGUCUGGGUGUAAUGAGGACGAGUGGCGGGAUGGCGGUGUCUCUGGUCCCUCAUACCCAGUCUCCUGCAGUUUUCCACCCAGCUCCACCCAGACCCCUGUACGGCCAGCACGUCCCCCUGCAGGAGGUGCCCACCGGACCCGAAUACUGCCAUAACGAUCUGGAGUGUGCGGAUGUUCCUCUACUGACUCCAGGAAGUAAAGAAAUGAUGUCACAGGCUCUUCUGGCCACAUUCAGUGGCUUCACCAGGGAGCAACAGCGACUCUCCAUCCCUAAAGGAGAUUAUACGGGUUUGGAAAAACAUCACGACCCCCGCGAGUGGACGAACGCCCACGUGAGAGAAUGGUUGACCUGGACGGUAAACGAGUUCAGUCUGAAGAAUGUGGACUUCCAUAAGUUCAGCAUGGACGGGGCCAAUCUCUGUGCCCUGGGGAAAGAUCGGUUCCUGGAUCUGGCUCCUGACUUCGUGGGCGAUAUCCUCUGGGAGCAUUUAGAGAUGCUGCAGAAAGAAGACCCGAAGCAUUUCCCCGUCAAUGGUCUGACCUCCAGUUUCCAGGAAUCCCGCUACCCCUCAGACUACUUUUUCAACUAUGGCAUUGAGCAUCCUCAGUGCGUGCCUCCUUCCGAAUACUCGGAGCCGAGCUUCAUAACCGAGUCGUACCAGACCCUUCACCCGAUCAGCUCAGAAGACCUGCUGUCGCUCAAAUACGAGAGCGAGUAUCCCAACGUCAUCCUGCGAGACGCACCUCUCAAUCCACUGCAGGGAGACUACUUUUCAGUCAAACAGGAAGUCGUGUCCCCUGACAACAUGUGUGUGGGUCGCAUCAGCAGAGGUAAGCUGGGAGGUCAAGAUUCGUUCGAGAGCAUCGACAGUUUCGAGAGCUGUGAUAGGCUGACGCAGUCCUGGAGCAGUCAGUCGUCGUUCAACAGCUUACAGAGAGUUCCCUCGUACGACAGCUUCGACUCGGAGGACUACCCCACGGCACUGCACGGACACAAACCAAAGGGAACCUUCAAAGACUACGUGCGCGAGCGCUCGGACCUCAGCAAGGACAAGCCGGUCAUCCCGGCGGCUGCGCUCGCUGGCUACACAGGCAGCGGACCCAUCCAACUCUGGCAGUUUCUGUUGGAGCUCUUGACGGACAAAUCCUGCCAGUCUUUCAUCAGCUGGACUGGAGACGGAUGGGAGUUCAAGCUCUCCGACCCUGAUGAGGUGGCACGUAGAUGGGGCAAGAGGAAAAACAAGCCCAAGAUGAAUUACGAGAAGUUGAGUCGUGGUCUACGCUACUACUACGACAAAAACAUCAUCCACAAGACGUCCGGCAAGCGCUACGUCUACCGCUUCGUGUGUGACUUGAAAAGCCUACUGGGAUACACUCCCGAAGAGCUCCACACCAUGUUAGAUGUCAAGCCUGACACGGAUGAGUAAAGUUUGGGAAGUGUUGAGGGGGGGGGGAAAGGCGGCUGAAAAAGUCAAUUACAGAUCCUGGAAAGAAAACAAAACGGGUCGUCCAUUUUCGGGUCCAAUCACAUCUUAACACUUAGUCGUGGUCCAGUCUUGUUUUGAGCUCAUACGGGACAAAAAAGAGGAAGCGUCAAAGCAUUUACCAAAGUUUAUAACUCGUGCGCCUAUGUUGUUUAUAGUUCUGCGGGGAAGGGAACGCUCGAAGCUGGUCCCAGUAGCACAAACACCGGGAAGGAACAGAAGACAAAGAGAUGGACUUUUCUUGGACGCAUUGCCAAAAUUAGAGACAAGAGGAACAUCGCAGAACCGUUUCUGUCUCCUUGCAUUCCCACCAGGAGGAAGUGAGUUCUCAGCCGGACCAAAUCGUUUCCUUAUUUUUGUUUCUUAAAGAUACAUGUGUCAGUAUUAAUUUGUGCAGAGACCAGUUGUAUUGAGAUUUUUGUUGUACAUUUUCAUACUGCAGAAGAUGAAGGUUUAUUGAAGUGAAACUGUGCUUAGAUCUUCUUUUAAGGUCACGUUCGGUUAUAUGGGUUGCUCUUACCACAAUGUCCAUAGCCGAAAACGCUCGCCAGAUCAAAAUAGAUACCAGAGUCUCGCCCUUUUCAGUUGAAAGAGACGCACCUCAGUCAAACCGAGAGACGCAUAUGAAAGCGGCCGUUGGCUUCUCAACAGCACACGCACACGUUUGUGGGGAGUGUGUGUUUAUGAGUUCACCACUUGUAUUAGGACAAAAGACAUCUAACGUUUCUUGCCUUGGCUUUGUUUGUACGUGAAUGGCUUUUUCAUAAAGUCUCGCCUUAAUAUAGCACACCGUUUUUUUUACGAAUUUACUGUGUCUUCUCGAGGUAAACUGAAAACUCUUCGCACUCUUCAGUGCUAGACUGAACCGAAAGCCGUAAGGGUUUAAGAACGCGCCAUGCGAGGUGUUUUAACCUCGAGCGCGCACUUCAGCAUACGUCUGGAUCGUCAAAAAGUACGCGAGAUGGAUUUUGCAGAGAAUGAUCGAUUUUAGGGUGGUGUUUUAUUUUCCAGAUGGUUUGUGAAAGUGUGUGUUAAUGGUAGUGGCUGAUAUAGGAGAUCAUGCUGAUGCUUUCGGCAGCUUUAAAGGCUACCAAAUAUCACAAGGGAGUCCGUUUCGUAAAUGCAGUAUUAUAGUCAUUGAACUGUUUUAGGCAGCGCUGGUUGGGACUCAAGCCAGAGUUGCAUUGCAGUGUCCAUGAAAUGAAUAAUGAACUUUAAAUGUGGUUAUUUGGAGUAUUUUCAGUACUUUAAAAGGCUAAGUAGAAUCGUGUUGUCCCGUGUUCAUUUCGACUGUUUCACUGUGUGGGAAGGGUCUCGUCUCGUACCAUGUGGGAAAAGCCAAAGUCAAGAAGGUUCUUCUAAGAAAACAAAUCGUAUUGUUUACAGAGGCAGAUGCUACCCAAUCCUGAUUGGUGGAGAUUUGGAGUUGUCUAUUUUUGCAGAUAACGUUUCAUAAAAUUGCUAGAUCGCAAGAUAAACCACAUUCUCAAGCUCAGAGCUCGUUUUAGACGCACCGUCCUACCAUGAACAACAGCACAAGUGGUACAUCCCCUGAAGUCUCACCGAGAACAUGUUCUGACAGAAGAAAGCCCACAGUGAUGAUACCUGACACACCGAAAGCCAGCGACAUGUUCAAUGGAAACAAGUCUUGUUUUAAUAAGGUUCAGAUCAUAAUGCAGUCUGAUUGUAAAAAAAGUGAUGCAUUUGUGUGAUGAACACUUUUGACAGAUGCAUACAUAGUACUGAGUGUUUUUAUUUCCCCACAAUUUUGCCUUAUUUUGUAUAUUUUAUAUUUCUGUAUUUUUUUAUUUCAUUUUUUUUUUUUUUUGUUAAAAGGAUAAUUUUAAUGUAUUUAGUUCACAAACAUUUUGAUAUUUUUCAAUAAUUUAUAUUUUAUAAACUUUGAAAUAUGAAAUGCAGACAGCUGGUGCUUUCGUGGGGGGG